UUUCUUUUUUUUUUCAUUAGUAUUAUUUAUUUAUUAUGAGGUUUCUUCUACAAAUUUGUGUUGGUUCCUUUUUCAAUUUUAAACAUGUUGUUAUGUUUACUGAUGUUAUGGUGUAAUAGUUUGUAUUGCAUAUUACGAGUCGUUUGAAUUUCUGAUAAGCUGGAAGAGAAGUCUAGGGAGGAAAAGAAGGUUACUAAGAGGGAAUUGGUAUUGAGAAUUGAUUAAAUUGGUUGUGCAAUAAUUAAAAGUGGAUUGAAAAAUAGCUAUUCAGCUGAAAGUUUUGUACUUUUAUCACAUUUUUGGUAUUUUAGAUUAGACCUGGGAUAGUAUUAAGAUAAAAAGAAAUCUUGUCUUGGAGGGACGUUCACCUUGUUAGAUGGUGAAUUAUUGAGCACCGAGGAUGUUUUGCUCAUACUUGUGUUUCUGUGUAAUAUUUGAGGUAUAAACAGUAAGAGUAGGAGAGGAGAUAACUUCCAAUCCUCUGUGUAGAUCUUCUCUUAAAUAACUGUGUAUGCUCAUUUGUCUUGAGCAACUAAGCACCUCAAAUGGUAUCCAAGUCUUGGGGAUGUGCUGAAGCAUUUGCUUUUAAACUAAUGUGGUCCUUUUAUCUGGUAAAAGAAAUCAGUGCAAGUCAAAGGAUGUUGGUCUUCAUUUAUUUGUGUGUUUAUUAUGCAUAUUAUAAUAAAAUAUAACACUCUUGAUGUAUACAUUUCUUUUUUCUGUCUCUUAUUGUGUUCCCCUGUCAGCUUAUUCUUCAAACAGGAAAUGGAACUUUCCCUCGUCGGUCUUCAAAAUGCAGGAAAGACUUCACUUGUUAAUGCCAUUGCAACGGGAGGCUAUAGUGAAGACAUGAUUCCAACUGUGGGAUUUAAUAUGCGUAAAGUCACAAAAGGAAAUGUGACCAUAAAACUUUGGGACUUGGGAGGGCAACGGAGAUUUCGCUCCAUGUGGGAGCGCUACUGUCGCGGUGUCUCUGCUAUACUAUAUGUUGUCGAUGCUGCUGAUCGAGACAGCAUUCCUAUUUCUCGAACUGAAUUGCAUGAUCUGGUGAACAAACCUACAUUAACUGGCAUUGCUUUGCUUGUUCUUGGAAACAAAAUUGACAAGUCGGAAGCACUUUCAAAGGAAGCCCUGGUGGAUCAGCUAGAUCUUAGUUCGAUAACAGAUAGAGAAGUAUGCUGCUAUAUGAUCUCGUGCAAGGAUUCCAUAAACAUAGAUGUUGUCAUGGAUUGGCUUAUCAAACACUCAAAAACAACAAAAUGAUCAAAGUUGUGCAAAAUACUGGAUUCGAUAUUUCAUUAAAGAUCUUGAGCCGAGGAGGAUGGGAGGGUCAAUCUGUUUCCGAGAAUUUGCUUGCUGCUUUUCCAUGCAAGUUUCUGCGUAGUGCUUCGAUAGUCAAGUUCAUUGUUAGUCUGGUUUUCGUCUAUCCAUGGUUUUAUGGCUCUUUUCUGAGUUGUAGAUUAUGUUGGCAACAGUAGAUGGUCUAUAAGAUGAGUUGUUCGAGUCCACUGUUAUGGUGAGUUAAUGAGCGAUUUCUUA